AUGCCGGGUCCACUGGUGGGUGCUUGGGUUGCACCUCCGCCUGCCUCGCAACAAGAGAGUCUUGGAGCAAGUGAUGUGCCCCGAACUCCCAUGUGUGCAGCUCCUGGUGGGCCAGUGAUGGGCUUCGUGGGCUGCCUCUCGGAUUUUGGAGGUCCCUGCAACGGCCCGUGGCAGGCUGUGGGCCAGCCUUGCCAGGCACAAAGUGGAGCGAUGUCGGGCAUGAUGGGUCCAGGUCCUUGCCCCGUGCAGAUGGAGUUCGGAUAUCAGCCGUACUCCAGCAACCAGCGCCACGAAGUGAUGCAGGAUCCUGGCACCCACUUCAGUCCCCCUGAAGAGGACUACGCAGAACGUAUCCGUGCCGCACAACUUCAAGCGCGCUAUGAACAGCGGCUGAAGUCAAAGGAUCAGGAGCUCCAGUACCUUCAAGAACGAUUGAAUCGGCAGGAGGAUGAGACUGCAAAGAUGCAGGCCGAGUUUGAGCGCGAUCGACAGGGCUUGCUGUACAACCUGAAUCAGCUCUCGCAUGUAGUGGCCACCGAACGAAAGGGGCAGACCCAGUGGGGAGACCGCUGGUCCAAGAAGAAAGAUGCCUCGGGCGAGGGCCUGGGGGUCAAGACGGAGCGCGGCGAGCGCGAGCGCGGCCAUCGUGAAGGCUUGGCCGCGACCUCUUCGCGCACCCGCCUCGGAGCCCACAAGGAGACCCGGGAGCCUGCAGGGGACCGGCGAGACCGAGACCGAGCCCAGGUUUGGAGGGGGCCUCCACCUUCGCGGCCUUCCGGCACCUUGUGGAGCGGCGACCGCUUCGAGAAGUUUGCGCGGCAGACGCCUGGGGCCUUCGAGCUGAGGGAGAAGGCAGAUAGUUCCGGGUGGACUUUAAGGAUGCGCUUCGAGGAUUUAAGCCCGCCUCUGAACGAUGAGGGCGUGCAGGUUUUCUGCAGGUGGCUGCACCAAUCAAUGCAGAGGAUUCGCGAGGAUAAGGGUAUCCGGUCCAUGCGGACGGUUGAUGCCGAGGUAUCCUUCGCGUGGAACUACAUGGGUGACGAAGCAGUUGGACGUUUGCUUCAGGCUCUCCAACGCUCAGAGCUGCGGGUCUCCGCCCUGAACUUCAGUGGCAACUGCCUGGGGCCAGCUGGCACUUCGCAUGUCUGCGACUUUGUUCAGGAGGCCAGCUUUGGAAUUCGGGAGGUAUCCUUGUCACACAACCUGCUCGACGAGGCUGUGGCGAUGGAGCUGUUCGCCAUCUUUGCUGACCACCCAAAGUACCCACUUCGACGGCAUGGCAAGGCAGAUCCUGUCAGACUUCUGCUGAGCAACAACGGCCUCCAUACCUCGAAGCUCCUGAAGAAGAUGGGGACGCUCAGCGGGCUCUCCUUGCAGUCUUGUCGCGCCCGCUCUGCCAGGGAGUGGCUCGUGAUCAAGAACGGCCUAGACCUGCUGAAGCUUCCUGAAUUCGAGAUGCAGGAGCAACUUCAAGAUCUCGGUUCUGACGCCGAGAACCUUCCCGAUCGGGCACCUGAUCGGGCACCGGACCGGGCACCGGACCGGGCACCGGAUCGGGCAGCGGAUCGGGCAGUGGAUCGGGCAGCGGACUGGUCGAAGGAGCGAACCAAGCCCUUGGCUCGCUCAAUUCUCAAGAACGGAGCAAGGUCGGAAGCUUUCCGAACGGUGCCCAGCCCCGAGGCCCGCAAUGGACCUGGCGUGCCCGAGCAGACGCCGGAGCCUGAUGCACAGAUACUGCCCAAGCAGGAGGACAGGGAGAAAGACCUACGCCAACGGAUGAAGUCAGGGGCGAUCCGGUUGCCGCAUCGCUCCAAGCUGGCCUUGGAGAAAGCCGGCAGGCAAUAUCGAGAGCGGCUGAGGAAUGGUGCUGCCGGUGCUCAUCGCAUCGAGGAGCAUCCCAACGAGGAUGACGAAAACGAAGCGGUUCUGGUUCCUGAGACCAAAGAAGAUCCUGAAGCCGAUGAUCCGCCGAUUUCCAAGCCAGCCGUGCGCAUCACCGCACCUCCAAAGAUUUUGCAGAGAGGGAACGCCGUGGUGCCGGCGGUGGACCCAGUGCAGGGCCCCGAAUCAUGA